CGAUUGACAUGCCUGAUGCAGACAUUAUCGUCCGGUCAGCGGAUGCCGUCGACUUUCGCGUCCAUAAAACCGUGCUCUCCGUCUUCUCGUCUGUUUUCGGUGAUAUGUUGCCCAUGCCUCAGCCUCUUACAUUGAGAUCGGUAUCCAAAAGGCUUUCUGUUGUUGAUGUCCCUGAAGAGGGUCCUGUGAUAGACAUAUUUAUUCGACUAUGUUAUAGACUUCCGUUACCACCGAUGUCAAUGAACGACAUUCAACGUAUUCUUCAGGUACUCGACAAAUAUAUGGUCGAGCGGACACCCGCCGAGGUCUCCCAGGCUUUGACCGCCGAACUCGACGAGAACCCCCUCGAUGUGUAUGCUAUUGCAUGUCGCUAUAACCUUCAUGGAAUAGCCAAUUUCGCGGCCAAAACAUUACUCAAACUUCCAUGCUCGAGACUGUACGGUCUAGACGAAGAUUUCUCGACUCAUGACAGUCGAACAGUACGAGCGUUUGGUCAAAUACCGCAUUCUGGCUGGCGCAACAGCAGUCCGCGCCGUACGCAAUUUUCCUCGUAGAGAUACUUGGACGCUCCAUCUCGCUCCUCCCGCCACUGCAGGAUUUCGCCAGAGCGCCACUGUUUGCGAUUGUAGUGGCAUAGUCCACCUGGAGGACCGGGGCUACUGCGCACCUUGGAUUGAGGCAUUCAAGGAAGUAUGAUGUACGGUGUUAAUGGAGAAGCCGGGAUGUUGGGAGACUAUAUUGAAUGGUGGACAUACCGGAAUUCGGGUCGUUUCUUUUGUUCAUAACUCGAAGUGCAACUAUUGCAUUCGGGAAGUGAAGGGCUUAGGAGAGGUGGCGUCGUGGAUGAGAGACGACGUUAAGGAAGCACUCGACAAGAUAAAGUUGCCGUUGGACGUGGAAGAUAAAACAUGAACACUUAAAGGGUCAAUGUUGACGGUCAAAGAG